UCAGCGCUCCAGCUCCUCCGAUGCUCCGUCAGUCUCCCUCUGACCUAAGCACGAGAAGAACAUCUGCGCUUAUUCUAUCCUCGGGAAUAUCAGCGUGCGUUGUGCUUUAGAAUCGAGUCUAACCAUGCGCUCUGCAGUUUGUUAAAACGGAAUGUUCAGUGCAGUGGUUUCAUCAGAGCAUCAUUGAAGAAGGUUUACUGAAGCUCUGCGUCAUUCCUUCAUAUCCACCUCAUCCAGGCGAACGCGUCGGAAGUUUUCGAGGAAUAUCCAAGAGGACAUUGGUUUGGUUUGGAAUUAAAACCGCUCUGGCUGGAAAUUUGAACGCGGGACUGAUAUCGGACACAUCUGAUUGUUGUUUUUGGGGGGGUUUCCUCGGUGUAGUUGGGGAAGUUUUGUGCGGCACCUGCGGGGAAAAUAACAAAACAAAACCCAAAAAAACAUGGGUUUAUGUGGUUAUGUAGUUGUGCCCUGGAGAUGCCUGGCAGUGCUGGCUCUGAGACUGCUCUUCCUUGUGCCUGCAGGAGUGCCAGCGCGGAGCGGAGACUCUUAUUUAAAGGACAACAUCACGGUGAGACAGGGGGACAGCGCCGUCUUAAAAUGCAAUGUGGACAGCAAGGUAUCGAGGGUAGCUUGGCUGAACCGCACCACUAUUCUCUUCACGGGGAGUGAGAAAUGGUCUCUGGACCCACGAGUGGUCUUGCUGAAUAACACAGCAGUGACAGAGUACAGUAUAAAGAUCCUGGAUGUGAACUUGCAUGACGAAGGGCCAUACGUUUGCUCCAUCCUCACAAACAAGAAACCUGAGUCCACCAAAGUUCAUCUCAUUGUUCAAGUUCCAGCAAGGAUUGUGAACAUCUCAACAGACAUAACGGUAAAUGAGGGCAGUAAUGUCAGUCUCAUGUGUCUGGCGAUCGGACGACCUGAACCCAGUAUUAUAUGGAAAUAUCGCUCUGUUAGCGGUCGUAGAUUCAUCAGUGAGGGCGAGUAUGUUGAGAUGACUUCAAUCACCAAAGAACAGUCCGGAUCAUAUGAGUGCAUCUCUUCAAAUGACAUCUCACCCCCGGAUGUGAGGACGGUACAAGUCACAGUAAACUAUCCUCCGGUCAUUUCACAAGCUCGCAGUACAGGGACUGCUGUUGGACAGAGAGGAGUGCUGCAGUGUGAAGCAUCAGCUGUUCCUCUUGCUGACUUUCAGUGGUACAAAGAAGAGAGGCGCCUUCUCAAUGGACUCAAUGGAGUCAAAAUAGAAAACAAAGGUAAACAGUCCAUGUUGAUAUUUUUCAACGUGUCUGAAGAGGACUAUGGAAACUACACGUGUGUGGCCAUGAACACGCUGGGAAUCACAAAUGCAAGCAUAAUCCUGUACGGCCCAGGAGCGAUCCACGAUGUGAACAGCGCUGCACUUUCUCCAUCCAGCUCUGUCUGCCAACUGCUCACACUCAUUCUCUUUUAUCUCAAGUUUUGACGCUAGAGACAACAACCACUGCAUCAGCUCCUCUCGGCAUAACACAAAGACAGACUCAAAGUCUCAUUAUUAGAAACAAACCGUUAUUAUUGUUAUUGUUUGGUUUGAACUUUUUUUCCUCCAGGGGUUGGGCUAGAAAAUAGAUUUGGACUAUGAGUCUGUCCCAUGAGAAUGAGACUGCACAAGAUAGGGUUCUGUCACUAGCUGGUAAAUAUAGUGAGCUCUUAAUUUUUUUUAAAUGUCAAAGAAAAGCAAAAAGUCACUUGAUCGUUAAAAAAAAAUAAUAGUACAUGGAUGGUUUUACUCGGUAUUGAAAUGUGUGAGUUGAGAUGUCCGUGUCAUGUCAGCUUUCCUUGUAAAAAAAAAUGGAGUUCUUGCAAUGAAUUCUUCUUUUUAAAUAAUCAACAAAAGUGCAAAAAAUCAUGUGAUAUUUGAUUUACUGUACCUGUACAGAUGUAUACAGUGGAAUACUUACAGUUCAUUUGAAUAUGAGUGAGGUCAGUCUGUGCGUAAUAUAGCUUACAUUUCCUGAAAAAAAAAACAGUCUGGUGUGUAUUAUAAUGUUCAUCUGUCACUGAAAUGAUGUUCUCAUUUUGUAAAGAAGGACUGCUGCAUUACCACACACAGACAGUAGGUCAGUAGGUUAGUCAUCUUACCUGGUCUUUUUAGAACCUUAUUUUAGACACUCUUUACAGUAAUACAGUAUAUACACAUGUAGGUUUAGAAAGUAGGCAACACACUGGAAUUGCAACAUCUGAUGCAAGAUUUGUGCACAUUUAGAGUAACACUUCUGCAAAUGUUAUCUACAUGUGGCACGAGGCCCUAAUUACGGCAUGUGUAAUCAGACAAACAUGUAUAAUUAUUAAUAUGCACUCUCCCUGCGGUUCCUGUAUAAAUGGGAAAUUUCCUGUUAAAUGGUGAUCAUAAGGUCAUAAAGUUAUAAAUAGGGAUGGAACAAUACAAUUUUUUUUUUCAGACCAAAUAAGAAUAUGAGUACAUGUGAUUUGGUGAUAUUGAUUCCAAAAUGACUAACAUACUGUAGUAUUAAAGGAGUCAUGAGAUGUUUUUAUUUGAUUAUUUCCCCUGAGGUGUAAUUAUAAUAUUAGUAAAGUUUUGUUUGCACAAAAGUAAUAAUUUAUUACCCUUUUCCACUCUGUCUCUGUCCUUUAACUUCAGUGUAACCACCCACUGCUAUGAUUGGCUAAGAUCUUUGCCUAUGGAUUAAUUAUCAACUCCCCCUGCCAUAAACGUGCGAAACUGUUUUCAGCGACUGAGCGUCAGUGGGCAGGGCCAACGGUGCGAUGAUGUAAAAUUAGAUGUCGAUGUCUUGCUUUUGGGGCAGUCAUAUGCAAAUGUGUUUUCCUGUGUGAUGUCACAAAUCCUGCCACAUCCAAAUGAGCCGUUUUUGGAGCUUGGUUAAAUGAAUGCUCUUUUUGUAUUGAGGAGGACGUAUUAAGCUAUAAAACCUCCAGGACGAUUUAAUGGUACAAUGACCUAUGUCAAAAGAUCAAGGAAAAUUAGAUUUCUUAUGUCAUGACCCCUUUAAGGUAUCACGUUCAUAAUGGAACAGUUUAUUUAGCUCUGUUUAUAUUGGGUGCUGCCAUCUGCUGCUAGCUAUGAAGUCCUCAUGCUGAGUUUUAGGUUUAAGAUAUUUUAUAAGGUUACUUGUAUUGUAGGACUAUUCUUUAGUUUCUCCUGUCGAUAUUUUCCCAGAGCACAGUUUGCAGCCUGCUUUUGCUUUGAUUGCCAUUAAUCGUGAAAUACACUGUCAUUUUGUGUCAUCUCUACACUCGGCUUACCUCACGUAGAAUCACAUGGUAUCAACUUUUAGUAUUGGAGCAAUGAACUCUGAGCACGGUACUGGACCGAUACAUGACACUUAUAUUGGUAUUGAUGCAUCCCUACUUAUAAUAUUAAAUCCUCAUAAAUGAGGAAGACCCUUCAUUUUAAAAAAAGGUAUGUUUUUAUCAUUGUUUGUUUACAAUCUGUUGAGGUAUCUUACCAGUGUUCUCUCUCAGGUUUUAAGGGAUGACUUUAAUUUUUGUGUGCCUGUGAAUGUCUAUGCUUAAAUCCUUAUGGCAAAGGAUAUUAAAAAUAAGGCCAACACCAUUAUCUGUUAUGGUUAUUAUGCAUUAUUUAUUAUCUUAUAAGAGCUAGGUUUUUUUUAGUUUCAUCAGAUACAUUUUAUUCUGAUGCAUAAAUAUGCAUCAACAGUGACUAUUCACACUGAAUGUGUAUAUAAUCAUUAAGUACAGGAGAGAUACAGUACAACACACAGCCCAAAACCCAAACCCACCCCCACAACCCUUAAUCCCCCUGUGUGUCUCUCAGCAGUUAUAUGUAAUCUUGAUAAGCUCGCCACUUUCUCUGUCACACCUCUACACCUGUUACUCUCUCUCUCUCUCUCUCUCUCUCUCUCUCUCUCUCUCUCUCUCUCUCUCCCUCUCUAAAAGCAGAGCUGGAAUGCAGUCAACACCUUAAUGAGGAGAUUUGGAUGCUUCCCAAGGAGAAACAGUUAUCAGCCCAUGACAUUACACAAGCUAGUCUCACACACGCACACAAACACACACACACACACACACACACACACACACACACACACACACACACACACACACACAAACAAUUCUAUGAGAGCUUAGAAAUGAAAUCUUGUACAGUAAGGAUGUUGCAAGAACAGACACAACUAUCAACUGCUCCACAAUGCAACACACAUGAUUCUCCUGCAUAAUUCUCAAAACAACUAAUUUAUUAUUAUUUCUUUUAGGGUUUGUUAUUACAGACCUAAGAUUGAGCACAUGUAGUGUUUUGAAUAUGCUGGGUGAUUUUUCCCCCUUUUUCAUCAUAUAUGAUGGUCAUUUGAGAAGAAAAAAAAAUCUAUUUGACCUUUUGAGAUUUGAUUCUCAAAUCUAUUUGAGAUUAAGCAGAUGGGGGCUUAGUGGUUAGCACAUUUACCUUACACCUCUGUGUAUGCGGAAUUUGCAUGUUCUCUCUGUGCAUCUGAGCACUCUGGUUUCCUCCCCCAGUCCAAAUACAUGCGCUGUAUGCUGAUUGGCAUCUCUAAAUUGUCCAUAGUGUGUGCAAUUGUGCCCUGUCCAGGGUGUCUACUGCCUUGAGCCCUGAGUCCCCUGGGAUAGGCUCCAGGCUAUCAGCGACCCUAUGUAGGAUAAGCGGUACAGAAAAUGGAUGGAGAAUUAGCAGUAGGAAGUUGUUUGGAUUCCUUCAAAUGAAAUUGUAAUUAAUGCUAUGGUUACUAAUUUCAUCUCUAACUUUA